UUUAUUUUUAAUUCAUUGCAUAAUGUCAAGUGCUCCCAAGGAGAGGAAGCGUGUUGGAGAAAUUCUCGAACUUGAACGAGAAAUUCAAAAGCGAUGGGAAGAGACUAAGGCUUUUGAAGAGGAAAGUCCUCUGGAAGAAAAGCCUCCAAAAUUUAUGACAACCUUCCCUUUUCCUUAUAUGAAUGGACGAUUACAUUUGGGACAUACAUUUACGUUGGCUAAAUGUGACUUUGCUGUUGGCUAUUAUCGUCUUAAGGGCCGUAAAUGUCUUUUCCCUUUUGCUUUUCAUUGUACUGGAAUGCCAAUUAAGGCCUGCGCUGACAAAUUAAAGAGAGAAAUGCUUAUGUACGGGAAUCCGCCCAAUUUUUCUGAGGAAAAUGAUGUAGAGGAGAUUGUUGGAGAAAAUGGGACUGUUAACGAAAAUGAACUUGACGAUAUUACAAGAGAUAAAGCAAAGGGGAAAAAGAGUAAAGCUGUGGCCAAAACUGUUGCAGCCAAAUUUCAAUGGCAAAUAAUGGAGUCGUUAGGUCUUACCAACGAAGAAAUUGCAAAAUUUUCUUCUGCCGAGCAUUGGUUGACUUAUUUUCCAGAGAAAUGUGAAUAUGAUUUGCGAAAGAUGGGAUUGAAGGUUGAUUGGCGUCGUUCAUUUAUUACAACAGACGUUAAUCCCUAUUUUGACUCCUUUGUGCAAUGGCAGUUUUUAAAGUUAAGAGAGGCUAAUAAAUAUAUUGAAUUUGGAAAAAGGUAUACAAUCUACUCUCCUAAAGAUGGACAGCCUUGUAUGGAUCAUGACAGAGUGACUGGCGAAGGUGUUGGACCUCAAGAAUAUACUCUUGUUAAAAUUAAGGUUCUCGAUCCCAAACCUAAAGUAUUUGACAGUUUACCUUCGAACAUUCCAGUCUUUUUUGUUGCCGCAACUCUUCGACCUGAAACGCUAUACGGCCAAACAAAUUGUUUUCUUCAUCCAGACUUAAUUUAUUCCUUCUUUUAUGUUGGAAGCGAUAGUUCUGAAAUUUUUAUUGCAACUGAACGAGCUGCUUUAAAUAUGUCUUUUCAAGGGAUGUUACCAGUAGAAGGGGAAAUUAAAUAUGUAAAAGGUCUUGAAAAAGUUAAAGGGGAAACCCUUUUGGGAUGUGCACUUUCUGCUCCACUCACGUCUUAUGAAAAAAUUUAUUCAUUGCCAAUGAUGUCAAUUAAAGCAGAUAAAGGUACUGGUGUUGUUCUAAGUGUACCAUCUGAUUCGCCAGAUGAUUAUGCUGCUUUGUGUGAUUUGAAAAAGAAAAAGGCUUUACGUGAAAAAUAUAAUAUUUCUGAUGAAAUGGUUCUUCCCUUUGAACCCAUUCCAAUUUUGGAUAUUCCUGACCUUGGACAACUGGCAGCCGUAAAUAUUUGCCAAAAGCUGGGAAUAACAAGUCAAAAUGAUAGAGUGAAGCUAGAACAAGCCAAAAAGGAAGUUUAUCUGAAAGGCUUCUACCACGGGACGAUGCUUGUUGGUGAUUAUAAAGGUGAAAAAAUAGAUCAAGUCAAAAAACGCAUUCAAGAGGAUUUAAUAAGCAAAGGAUUGGCUUGUAAAUAUGUUGAGCCUGAAAAGACUGUUGUAUCUAGAUCCGGAGAAGAAUGUGUUGUAGCAUUAUGUGAUCAAUGGUAUUUAAAUUAUGGAAAUCCAGAAUGGAAAGAAGCAACAAAGAAAUGUUUGUCAAAAAUGAAUACUUACAUGGAAGAGGCUCGUCAUUGUUUAGAGAACACAAUUGAUUGGUUACAUGAAUAUGCAUGUUCUCGUAUUUAUGGACUUGGCUCAAGAUUGCCAUGGGAUCCUAAAUAUUUAAUUGAAUCACUCUCUGAUUCAACCAUUUAUAAUGCUUAUUAUACUAUUGCUCAUCUUCUUCAAUCUGACAUUUUUGGUUCUAAACCAGGUCUACUUGGAUUGAAACCAGAGCAAUUAAACACACAUGUUUGGGAUUAUAUUUUUAUGGGUGUUGGCGAAUAUGAUAAAAAUAAAAUGGGAGGAAUUUCUCUUGAGGCACUAAAUAAAAUGCGUAGAGAAUUUGAAUAUUGGUAUCCAGUAGAUAUGAGGGUAUCAGGAAAGGAUUUAUUGCAAAACCAUUUGACCUUUUAUUUAUUUAAUCAUGUUGCUAUUUGGCGAGAGAGGCCCGAAAUGUGGCCUUUAGGUAUUAGAGCAAAUGGACAUGCUCUUCUUAAUAAUGAAAAGGUUUGA